UGAAAUGGGAUUUUCUUCCUACAUUAUUACACUACCAAAUCACCAACCCUUCACAAAAUUCAUCUUCUCAAAUAUCAUGAGCCAAUUUCUCUCAAAUAUGCGCCCCAGAAGCAACGUUGAAGACUAUGAUGAGUUCCGCCCAUCCCCUUCAUCCGUGCAACUUCCGGAUUACUUGACAACUAAGUCCUUUGACAAAGGUCGUCUCCCCACAGUCGAACAUGCAACCUUUAGAUCACACAACAAGGACGGCGAAGAAGAAGAGGGCGAUGAUUGUGCAGUUUGUUUGAGCAGAAUAGAGGCAUGGCAUAUUGUGAGAGAGCUUGACAACUGCGAGCAUGCUUUCCAUGUCGGGUGCCUAGACUCUUGGAUUGAUCGCGGUGGAGAAACAUGCCCGGUGUGUCGAGCUCAGCUGGUCUCCGGCGAUAGGGAAGAGGUGGGGCAUGGGAAAGAUCCAUGGAGAUCACAAAGAAUGGUCUACUUGUUUGGAGAGGAUUGCUUGAUGGAGGAGCUUCAGUGAGAGAUAUGUUACAAACUUUUCAUGCUAGAUAAUGUAGUUUAUGUUUAUGUAAAAGCUUUAAUUAAUUUUUCUUUGUAAUUAAAGGUUAAGAUCAAGAGUAAUUGUUUGAAA